GAUCUCAAGUAGUCUCAACCCCGUUCUCAAACUUGCAAGACUUCAGCACCAAAAAUAUCGGCGUCCAUUUUACUACUACUUUACUUGUUUAAUGUUUCAUCUUUGAAUCUAACUUGGAAUUUUGUUACUAAGUGGUCAUUCAGUGACGUGAAUAAUAUAAUUUGAAAAUUUGGUUUUUUUUUUUUUUUUAAAUGGGCCGAAUUAAAUUUAAAGAAUUUCAGUGGUUGCUUUGGGGAUUAUUUAUUGCUACAUCAAGCGAUUUUGUUGAAGCUGAUGCCAAUCCUGUUAUUUCACCAUUCCAACCGCCAAUUGACCCACGACCACGCUUGUCAACAACGCAGCAACAGCAAAUUUUAAAUGAUGUUCAACAGCAUCAACGUCGUUUUAAUUUCGCCAAAUAUCGAGUGGAUCCACUGAAACAGCAAUUCCAGCAGCCGCAACAACAGCAACAGCCACAGCCACAGCCUCAACAGUCAGAUCGUCCAUUUUUCCAAACUGCACAGUCGCAGUACCAGUUUCCGCGACAGAACUUUGCUCCAACAGGACUGAAUCCGUUCAGCGCUUUUCAAACAGAUUUACCAAUAAUCAACUUUCGUAAUUCACCAGACGAAUUAAACUUUUUCAAUGAUCCAACAGCUACUUUGCAGCUUCAAAGCUACUACGAAAAGCAACGGGAACUAGAACUCUUGAGAAAACAAAGAGAACAGUUGAUUUUGGAACAGCAGGAAUUGAGACGGCAGCAAGAAUUAUUGAGACUUCAGCAAUUAAGAGCUUUGACCUCAACUACACCCAAGCCUACAACAACAACUACUACGACCACAACUCAGCAGCCUAUUACACAAUCUCCUGCACUGUUGGCUUCGCCCUCCUCCCGCAGAAUUACUCCAGCAGAAUCAGAAAUAUUCCUAAAAGCAAUUGCGAAUCAUCAGAAAAAAUUCACCACAACGGCUAAGCCAGUUACACCAAAACCAGAAGUUACGACUCAUCGACCACGACAAGAGCGUGUUCAAGAAGAUCAAUUCACCCAAGAUAUUCCCAGAGAACUUUUGUCCCUAAUUCAAGCUCAAAAUCCCCAGCUUUUAGGUGGUGGUAAAAACAAACCACAAAUAAAAAUUAUUUAUCAAACGGAGAAACCGGCAACCCAGAGGGCAACGUUGAAAACAAAGAGUUUAGAAAAGGAUUUAUUGUUGAAGCAAUUGAAGCUUGCCCUUGCGGAAAAUGCUGAGGCUGAAAUUGAGAAAAAUGUUACAACCCGUGACUUGGUUCUGCCGAACGGGAAGAAACUCCAAGUUAUUCAAGCGCCAAACGGGUUGUCUUCAAUUAUUCCUAAUGAAGGUUCCAGUCAGUUUCAAACAGUGACCCAAGCUUUGGAUACCAAGACUGCCUCGACUACGAGUGCUCCCUCGACUGUUAAAUCUGCAAGCACUAUUCUGGAAGAGCUAGCCAAGGGGGUGUUACCUCCUGGCGCGGACUUUGAAGUGCUCAAGCACAAAGAUGAUGGCAAAUUGGAAGAAGUUGGCAAAGUACCAAUUCAGAAUUCUGAAAAGAAGGUGACUUUUGUGGUUCUUGAGGAACAAUCUGACGGUAGUUACAAAGUACAAGGUGUGAAGGGAAACAACGGAAAAGACAAUAGUUCUGAUGUACAAACAAUUGUAGAGAAGAUAAAAAAUGGCGAAUUGAAACUACCUCCUAGCUCCAAAAGUCCUAUUUCAGAUGAUAAAACACCUAUUACGACAGUAACUAAGCCAACUACUACAACUACGACUACCACAACCACAACUACACCUUUUACAACUACAACUACUGUAGAACCAACGACCUAUAAGCCAUCAACAACUGCUGAACCAACUACUGUUAAGCCAACAACAAUUAGACCCACGACUAUCAGGCCUACCAUUAAUAUUAGGACAACGACUGUUAAGUAUACAGAUGCAGAAAUACCAAAUGUAACAAAAUAUCAUAAUAAUGAGCUAACAAGAGAUUAUUCACCUUACGCGGCAGUAACCUCAAACUCUGUAAUUUCAACUGAUAACUACGUAACAUCAGCUUCAACACCAUCUGCUAAUAUUUAUAACUCAAUCUCGAGUUUCAUUCCGUCGAGUCAAAGACCUACAACUGCCGCAAAUUAUAGGAUUGGAUCAUCACCGAUAGUUAUCGCACAGAAAAAUCAUUUCAUUCCUACCAUGGCGCCAGUUAACGAAAUCAUAACAACGCCUUCAUCAACGUUUUUACCCCACUCCUCGUCUUAUGUUCAUUUCUCAACGAAUCUAGGGAAUCCCGCUACUACAGCGACACCUAGGUCAGUUACUAGUACCAUUGGUUCGAUUAAUAAUGUUGCGUCAGAGAAUUUGAUUAUUGACGAUUUUCACCAAGGAAGAAAUACCAUUAACUUUGAUAAUACCAUCAAUCAAUUUAAUAACGGAGAAACGAUUGCGAAUCUUUUGAAGAGAGAAGGCUUGUUUGCGAUGGCUAAAUAUCUUCGGCAAUCAGGAUUAGAUAAAGUACUUAAUGACACUGGUCCUUACACAAUUUUCAUCCCAACGGACAAAGCUUUCCGCGCGCUUUUAGUGCAGUUGGGUGGACCUGAAAAAGCCGAACAGAAAUUCAAAGAGAACCCUCGUCUUUUAAGUGGACUUCUCCUUCAUCACGUUAUCCCAGGUGAUUUUAGAACAGAAUCCUUACAAGAAGAAAUGACCGGUGUCAGUUUAGCAGGAACUCAAUUACGAGUUAAUGUUUACGAUAUGCAUGAUCACGAAUGGAAUGAUGUUAAGGUAACGACAAUAAAUGGCGCUAGAAUAGCUCCAAAUAAACGUGAUAUUGAAAUACCUCAAGGAAUUGCCCAUGCAGUCGAUCGAGUUAUGUUCCCGCUUCCUGUUGGUGAUUUAUUGCAGACACUGGCUGCAGAUCGGGAACAAAGAUUUGGAAUUUUCUUGAGAAUCCUCCAAGCAGCCGGUCUUGAAGAAAUUCUUACAGGAACAAAAACGUAUACAAUUUUUGCUCCAACUGAUGCGGCAUUUGCGGCAACAGCAGCACAAACUGGGCAACCAGUUUGGAGUGAAACUGAUGGACCGGAAGCUGCUAAAACAAUAGCGUCAAAACAUAUCAUGCCUACUACUCUUUACUCAGCUGGCAUGAGGUAUUAUCAUCAGAAAGACACGCUUCGUCCACAAUUCACGCUCCGAAUCCAGAAGAAUGGAGGACGAGUCCGUGUAAAUGAAGCUCAAGUUGUGACGCCUAAUAUUCCAGCAACGAAUGGAGUUAUUCAAGCAAUUGACGGAGUACUUCAAUAAUUUUACAUUAAGUAUUAAUAAAACUGACGAUUUUCAAUAUAAAGUUUGAAAGAAGUAUACAAGCACAAUAAUUAUUAAUUUGAUGAAGGGUAUACUAUAUAAGGUGGCUCGAUUUUAAAUAUUUUUAAAAAAUAAACGGGUCAAUGUAUAAACAGUUAAUACCAAUGAAUAAACAUUAUUUUUAUUUUAUUUAAAAAUUAAUUACUCCUAUUAUUUUGAAUUUAAACAGUAUGAGUAGGUGUGUGGAUUUACUAAAAUUUUAUAAAUAAUUAUGAUAAUGUUUAUUCAUUGAAAUAUUUAUCGUGUACAGAAAAAACAUAUACCACAAAAAUGCCAUAAUGGAAUUAAAAAACGCCAGUGUAAAUUUAAUUUGCGUAAAGAAAAAAUAUUCCUUGUAUUUCGGUGAAUAUAGAAUAAUGAUAGACGGGAAAUAUUUUUUUUUCUUCCUAAAUUCAAAAAUUUUUGUGAUAAAUCAUUGAUAAUAUUUUCUUCAUUGUGUAAAAAGAAACGUUAAGAGAAAAUAUUAUUCACUCAUUAAUACACGGAUAUUUAAAGUA